CAACUGAAGAUGACAGAAGUUCUGUCGAAACAUGUCUUUUAAACUUAAAAAAGUGGUCGUUUUCCUUAAAAUCAAAAGAGUUUCACUAUAACGCUUUCUUUCACCCGCGACAAGCAUCAAGGAGUGAGCAAAUGACUAUCAUUCGCCGUAUUCAAUAUUCAAUUACCGUAAAUAUGUCAGUUAGGUAUUCUAACGAACAAUACUUAAUACACUUCCCCGCCAAGUAAGCUGCACAAUGACAAUGCUGUUUAAAGACGUCCGCAAUUGUUUGACUUCCCUUGUUGGCAAGAUAGUCAAAAUAUAAUAUCACAGACAAAACCCGGCUCCUCUUUGAAAUCACCGUGUCGUAAGCGCCUUAAGCUUAAGGAAACCAUUGUUUUAACAGACCUCGCUCGCUUAUUUAACAGGAACACUCCAAAGUUAAUUCUACGCCAGUAAAUUCAAGGAAACCAUUGUUUUGACAGACCUCACUCACCUGUUUAACAGGAACACUUCAAAGAUAAUUCUACGCCAGCAAAUUCAAGGAGCUAAACACUUUGAUCUUAGAAUCAUUUUCAAAAAGGAAUACACAACUCAACAUGGUUCGCACAAAACCUCAUUUGUGGUGCUUCGCAGUUAUUGGUUUCUUGUGCUAUGCCGUUGUCAGAGCUCCAUACAGACAAGGAGAUAUCAUGUUGGGUGGCCUUUUUAGUAUUCACCAAUGGGAAGGAACAUCGGAGGAUAAAUGUGGGGAGAUCACCCAGGAGGUGACAAACGCUCAGGCGAUGAUCUUCGCCAUUGAUAACAUAAACAGCGAUUCAAAUUUACUUCCAAACAUUUCUCUUGGAUAUCACAUACGGGAUUACUGCGAAAGCAUCACAAAAUCAACGCGAAUCACCUAUGAACUGUUAAGAUAUAAUUGUUUUGUGAACACAACCCUGAGCAACCUUGGACAAGAAUCCAUCGUGGCUUUAAUCGGUCCAACCCUCUCGAGUACAGCCAUUUUUAUCGGAGGAAUUCUUCAAAUGCUUAAUGUUACAGCCAUAAGCGGGACAUCGACAAGUGCAGAACUAAGUUCUCAUGCAUACAAGCAUUUGUAUCGAACAAUAGCUGCAGAUACCUAUUUAGCAAAAGCUGUGGCUGAUAUCAUUGAUCACUUCAAUUGGACCUAUGUAGCAGCUAUUGGAGUCGAUGAUUCGUAUGGACGACAUGGAAUAUGGUCAGUCAUCAGGGAAGCCGAAAACAAAAACGGUUCAUUCUGUGUAGCUCUGACAGAAUUCAUACCACAUAAUACGCAGAACACAAACAUAAAAAAUAUUGUUAGUAAGCUCAUUCGACACGAAAACAUCAGAGUUAUUGCCCUGUGGAUGUACGGCUCCAUUAGAAGGAACUUUUUAAAAGAAGUGAGGGCACAAAACCUGUCCGGGCGAGUUUGGAUUCUAAGCGGCGCAGCAUUCGAUUUAAAUGCAACUGGUUUGCUCUCUUCUGACGUUUCGCACCUACACGGUUCAAUUGCAAUCCAGCCUCGCAACUUUCAAGACGCAGGAUUUAAGGAAUACAUGAAAGCUAUGCUGUUAUAUGAGGCAAACAAGAGAGACCUUCCGGAAUGGUGGAAUGACAUUUCGAGGCUGGUUAACAGUUGCUCAGCUGGUAAGGACAACCCUACGCAGCACGAAGAUCGCCAAAAACAUUUAUGCGUACAGCAUAUUGUGAAUUAUGUGUACAGCUCACAUGUUCCAUAUGUCAUUGAUGCUGUAUAUUCCGUAGCUCACGCUUUGAAUAUUUCAACUCAAGAUACCAGCAGAAUGAAUUAUGAUGGUCAGAGGAAGCCUUAUCUCAAACUGAAUAACAUGCAAAAUCUACUGUCCAGAGUUAAUUUUAAUGGGCUAACGGGAAACAUAGUCUUUGAUGAGUUUGGCGAUCGGCAAUCUGCAGCUUAUGACAUUGUCAAUUUUCAAAUGGUCAAAGAAAAUGACACCACGAGACUAAAAAAAGUUAUAGUUGGAAAAUGGAACGAGAGACAGGGCUUGCAGUUGGGUGGGAACAUUCGUUGGAACAGCCAGAGAGGACGGUUUCCAAAGUCUGACUGCCUAGAACAAUGCUCGGCGGGAACGAGAAAAUCCACAACUUCACCUUGCUGCUGGCAGUGCAUCCUGUGUCCACGAGGUACAAUAAACCCAGUUCCUGGAGCACAAACCUGUAUUGAAUGCCCACGUGGGAAACGUUCCAACGAGGAUAGGACAGCGUGCGUAGAUUUACCUUUGGCCAAUUUCUAUUAUUCUAGUACAGGAGGAAUUACAGUUCUCGCAUUUGUUGCACUGGGUAUGUUUACCACACUCUUUUUCUUUGCUGUUACCUGCAGAUUCUGGAACACUCCCAUUGUCAAAGCAUGUAACAGGGAAAUGAGCCUUGCUCUCCUAACCAUCAUUAUUUUGAUGUUGUCGCUGGCGUUUAUAAAUUUGUUUCAACCUACGGAUACAAUUUGCAAGAUCGUUUACCCAUGGCGUUACAUAACUUACAACCUCUGUCUUUCCCUCUUACUGGUAAAAGUCCUGCGUAUUUCCAGUGUUUUUCAAGUUCCACUUUUAUGUGGUUAUACAAUAACCUCUCUCACUAAUAGAAUGCAAGCAGUCAUUGUAGUAACUCUGCAAGCGUUUCUCCUGAUUUUGUUGCUAACUUGCUUACAUAUCGAUCCACCUUUCACUAUGGAACAAAUCUAUCCACAGCAAUAUACUUUAAUUCACUGCAAGGCAUACAGCACGGCAGCUGGAAAAAGUCUGUUCUCUCUGACAUGUUCCUACAUCUUAAUUAAAAUGCUACUUUGUGCUUUUUGUUCGUUUAAGGUGAGGAACGUACCAGAAAACUUUAGUGAGGCUAAAAGAAUAGCAUUUUCCAUGUACAUGUUUUUGAUUUCUCUCUUAGCUUACUAUCCAGUAAAGUUCUCUAUGGAUGGAUGGUAUGUGACAGUUGUAGACUGUGUUACAACACUGUUGAGUGCUUACGGUUUCUUGUUUUGUAUAUUCUUGCCAAAAAUAUAUCUCAUCCUCUAUAGGCCGGAGCUCAACACUUCAGUAAACGUACGUCAGGAGGUGACUCAUUUUUCGUUUGGGCUACGUUCUAUAAAGGUGAGUCCCGCAUUUGAUAGCUCCACCUAGCAAAGCCAAACAUGAACAAAUUUACAUCAAGACUACUGAGUCUUUACGCCUUUUUUAGGCUGCAUAUCAUUAGAAGAGAAAUCUAUGUCAUACCAUUUAGGGCUGGACCUGAAAAAUUAACCUAGGGUAGGCCGGGAACUUAACUCAGUUUACGUUUCAUUACUACCCAGGAAGCCGGAACAUGCACCUGUAAAUACAGUUAUCGCAGUAGACAAAUGCUUCUCAGUUGUUGUACAGUAUUCAUCUGUAGUAAUCUUGUAAACUUUCGUCCUCAUUUGAAACGGGCUUAAGGCAAAAGAGAUUGCAUAAUCGACCGUUUACUUUCUUUCCAUUGGCUUGUACUGUAGCCUCUGGAUUUGACUAUCUUCACAAAACGAAUUAUUCAAAUGCCGCCGGCCUCCCACAGGGGCAAUUCAUUUGCACUCAGUUUUUUCGGUCACGAUGGUUGGAACUUGCUGCUCGUAUGGUAAUAGGUAUUAAACGUCCUUCAUAUAGCAGAAAGAAACUGUUGCCGCCAUUAAUUUAAAAUGGCCAUAAAAGGUUACUUUAAAAUCUUGUAACAAAACCAACUGUUAUCAAACUUUAAUCGCUAUUCCUGAUAGAUAUCAGUCGCAAAACUGAUUUAGUCAUAAAGAAAGAAUCAAAUGACAUGUAAUUAGGAUAUAACUCUAUUCAUUGUAAAGAACGGACCAUAUAAAAAGCUACCUGUAUGGUACACAGGUAAGCCAAGCUUAGUAUACACGAGCUUAAUUAUCACUUAAUGAAAUAGCGUCAACAGAGGAGGUUCGGCUUUAAUAUACCACGGGUAACAAUUAAUCAUGACCUCAGCUGUGUAAGAGAUCGUGUGAAAAAUACUGCUGUCGCUUUUAAGUGUUAAAAAAGUAAAGUUCUCCUUUGAACUCACCUAUGUUGUCUUUGAUCGUUUCUUGUGGUUUCAAUUCGUUUUGGGCGUCCAAGUGGCGAAUUAACGACAUAAAAAGGACGCUAUGCCGUUAUGAUUGCAGUGUGAACAUC